AUGAACAAAUGCGGCGAAACUAACCCUGAGCUCGUGUACAACAGUCCCGCGCCCACGCCCCCGCUACCUUCGGUCACUCCAUUUUCUGCCCACCACACCUGCACCUUUCUCUUCCCCACACCACCACCUCACAUCAAGAUGAAGUCCUGCGCUGUAGCCGCUGCCUGCGUGGCCGGAGCCCAAGCCUUCGUGGCACCCAGCGCGUUCAACGGCGCCGCCGUCGCCACCCCGGCCAAGUCGCCCUCCGCCAUGAAGAUGUCGUUCGAGUCGGAGAUCGGUGCGCAGCCCCCGCUCGGAUUCUGGGACCCGCUCGGCCUCCUCGCGGACGCGGACCAGGAGCGGUUCGAGCGCCUCCGGUACGUGGAGGUGAAGCACGGGCGCAUCGCUAUGCUCGCCAUCGCCGGUCACCUGACCCAGCAGAACGUCCGCCUCCCCGGCAUGCUGUCGAACUCGGCGGACCUGUCGUUCGCGGACAUGCCGAACGGCGUGGCCGCUCUGUCGAAGAUCCCCCCGGCGGGCCUCGCGCAGAUCUUCGCGUUCGUGGGCUUCCUUGAGCUGGCUGUGAUGAAGAACGUGGAGGGCUCCUUCCCCGGAGACUUCACGAACGGCGGCAACCCGUUCGCGUCCUCGUGGGACGCGAUGUCGGAGGAGACCCAGGCGUCGAAGCGCGCGAUCGAGCUGAACAACGGGCGCGCGGCACAGAUGGGCAUCCUAGCUCUGAUGGUGCACGAGGAGCUGAACAACAAGCCGUACGUGAUCAACGACCUCCUCGGCGCGGGGUACACCUUCAACUAGAUUA